AUGGUUCGAUUUCAAUGUAAUAAGGGGAAAAACUGUGGUCCGAGAUCAAGAGCAAAAGGAUCCGACAACUCGACAAAUGCUGCUUUCUACGUGAGGCCUGAGAAUGAUGGUGAGCAAAAAGAGGAAAAAGCGCCCGAAUAG